AAAUCCUCACUUGCAAUUCAACCGUCUCGAUCCGAAGUCGACGGUACCAACAGUUCAAACCUUCAACUACUGCGUUACCAUGCGUUGGUUUGGUCUCGCUUUGUGGACGUGUGCAUCGCUUGCAACCAACUCUAUCGCCCAUGCUCAAACCUUCGACGUCAUUGUGGUGGGCAGCGGUCCUGGUGGCCUUGUUGCUGCAGAGUACCUAUCUCGCGAUCCCAACGUGUCAGUGUUGAUCCUCGAAGCUGGCCCAAAAUCUAUGGCAGCAACGGGAGGAACCGAUGCCCCUGAAUACGCCAAAGACAGCGGGCUCACCAAGUUCGACAUUCCUGCCGAGUACGACCUCAUCAUGUACAACCCGGAGAACGAACAAUACCGCGUUGACUGGAUCACGGACGCCUACAUGUGGCUCGGCAAGACUGUCGGUGGAUGUUCGUCCAUCAACUCUGUCACCUACUUCCGUCCACCUGAUGCCUACACGAACCAGUCUCAAUGGCCAUUCCCAGCGUCCCAGAUGAAUGCCAAGAUGGACGAGAACGAGAAGAUGCAUGGCCACACUGAUGUGCCUUCCCCCGAUGGAAAAUGGUACUCUCAAGAGGGUUACUCCAUCGUGUCGAAAGGUUUGUUAUCACUCGGUUACGUCGAGACAAGACUCAAUGAUCCGGUAGCACGGAACAACAAGCACAAGACGUUCGGCCACACUCCAUUCACAAUAAAAGAUGGCAAGCGUGACUCCCCUGCUGCAGCGUUUUGGGGACCCAUGAGUACUCGAGGCAACGUUCAACUCCUAACCGAAGCCAAAGUCGACUACUUAAUCCGUGACAAGGAUGGUAAAGCCACUGGAGUUGUGUACAACGGUGGAUCCCAGGUCUUCCUAAGUGCUCGAGGUGCUGUUUUAAUGGCGGCAGGCGCUCUAAGCACGCCAAAGGUAUUGAUUCAAAGCGGUGUGGGCUCGAACACGCAGCUGGAUCUCCUCGAACGUAUUGGCGGCUACACUGGCGUCUCGCAGGAUGCAGGACGCGUAGCAAACCCUAAUGUAGGACGCAACUUGUUCGACGCCAACCUCAUGUACGUCUCGUUCUCGCACCCAGACAUGAAGGCGUUUGUCUUUGACAAUCGACCUGCUGAGGCCAUCAACCAGUACAUGAACAAGAGCCACACUGGACCGUGGGCAGGUGCGGGACCCACGCUCAUCAGCUUCGAAAGCUAUGAAGUGCAAGGCCGCAUGUACGAAUUCCAGUCCAACGUCCACACUCACGGGUUCGGUGGGCUUCACCAACAAGAGAACGCUUUCACCAUAGCCAUGUACGUCAUCAACCCCGAGUCACGCGCUCAUUCCGGCUUCGACAGCAACGGCGACUGGCGAGCGUUUAACGAUGGAGACGCCUAUGUCGGCACAUCUCGCGACCUGGCAGCGAUGCAGUCGUACGUCCAGAAAAUGGUGCAGAUGAUGGAGGACAACGGAGCGACUUUUAUCUCGAAAACCGGGUCGGAUCCGGCAGCCGUGGCUGACUUUGUAGCAUCCACGGGCAGCUACAUCUCGUACUUCUUCGGUGGCACUUGCUACGCCUCGAGUGAUGCUAGUGACGUGGAACGUUGCGCUGACGAGAAGCUGCGGGUCAUCGGCUUGAGCAAUGUGUUCGUAGCCGACGCUAGCGCCAUGAAGGACAGUACAGUCAACCCAUACGGCUUCAUCAUGUACAUCGGUCGUGAAGCUGGUGAUCAGGUCAAGGCGUACCUCGACUCUGAUAUAGUUCUAAACACUUGCUCGGCUCUGGAAAAUAACGUGGACUUCCAGGGCGACGACAUCGGGUCAGCAUAUAGUUCUAUAGCCGCCGGAUGUUGCUCGAUCUGCUCCAACUGGAACGGCUGCGUCGCGUUCACUUGGACAGACUACAACAGAGGUACUUGCUGGCUCAAGAGCGGUAAGGGAGCCGUCAAAACCAGUAGCGGGGCGGUGUCUGGAGUUCUCAAAUCUGCCACGAGUUGCUCUGCACUUGACGAUAACGUCGCGGAACCUCACGGUGUCACAUUGACUGCAAAACUUCCGACAAGUGCUGCUCAGUGUGCAAAACUACAGGAGGAUGCAACGCCUUCACGUGGAAAGAUCAGGAUGGAGGCACCUGCUGGCUGAAAGGAGACAAGGAGAGCGAAGUGUAAGCACACAAAUAAUUGCCAAUCACAAUAGUACCUGUUAAGAAAAAAGUGUCUUGGUAAUGAGCCCCUGUAAAGCAGCGUAUGCGAUCAGCUAUUGUACCUAUUUACCG